AUGAGUGGGUUCAAAAAUGUCAUGAAAGAUGGCUGGCAGUCUAAGGGUAAGGAUGGAAAGAAGGAAAGUUGGCGUGGGGACUUCAAGGGCAUCAAUCAAGUGGCGGGAUGGAUGGGCAAGGGCAAAGACUCAAGCUCCGAGGAUUCUGAGCAUGUAUCCAAACCGCUGUCAUCUCUGAAGGACCCGGCAUCCUUUGGCCCACCACCCAAACACAUCAAUUACCAUGGUCCCGGGGCCCUCCCGAACGAGCUUACACCAGACCGUCGUGGUCUAGGGGCUCCGUUAUCCCAAACCCAGAUCAACGAGCAGAAUGCACUCAAACAACAGGCGUUGGAGGAAGAAGAGGAAGCAGCCCGGAAGCCUAAACCGCCGCCGGUCCCCUAUCGAGUGAACACCUCUGGCCUCUCUACGAGCAAUCUCCCACCGCCACCCGUCCGGCGCCUAGAUUCACCAACUGGUUCCUCUGCUUCGCCUUCCGGCCCGGUGCCGGCAAGCAUGAAGCCAAAACCAAUGAUCCCUCCUCGAGUCCCUCACCGGAACGACACUGCCGUAUCAUAUUCCCCCUCCCCGCCGCCGGCAUACACCGCAACGCCGCCCCCUGCAUCGCAGGGAUACAUCAACCAAGAGGCUACAUCGCGCCUCGCUGACGCUGGUCUCUCGGUCCCCGCCCUCGGGAUCGGCGAGGUGAAUGCUUCCUCGCCGGCACCGUCCGGCACCCGCGGUGCUGAUGUCAACGAGCUGCAAUCCCGAUUCUCGCAGAUGCGGACCAACCCGGGGUCUGCGUCUGCAGCACCCAACCCGCCAUCUCCGGCCCCGCUGCCCAGUGCGAAUCGGGAGGAUGCUCUUCCUCCUGCUCGAACCUUCCGAGAGCGCCAUGCAGAUAAGAUCGAUAUGGGCAAGGAGAAACUGGGCGGCAUGACGUCGCGGUUCAAUACCUUUGUCGAGGAUCGCAAGUUCUCAGCCAAUGCAAACAAGCGUAUCCCUCGCCCACCCGGUCCCAACUCCCCCAGCACUAACACUAGGACCAAUGCCGCUAUUAAUCCCCCAACUGAGUCGACGUCGAACAGCACACUGGAAGCUCAAGCCCAACGCAAGAAACCACCUCCCCCGCCCCCAAAGCGAGCGGAAAUGCGCGGGGCUCCUGCGAAUGCCUCGCCAGUAUCAUCAGCGUCGGCAACACCGCCGCCCAUCCCACACGACACCAGACCUCGCUGA